CUCUCCCUCUCUCCCUGUCUUUGCUUCCUCUUCCUUUCCCUUACCUCUUUCUCUGCAAUAGAUCUCCUUCAGUCUUUGUUUUCAAACAAAUCUAUUAUUUCUUCAAAGUCCCCAAAAAGAAAAUAUAAUUAAACAAAACAAAACCCAGUUUUUAAUUAAAGAAACUGUUUAGAUUUUUUCAUAAAAUAAUUCUGUGUCCUUUCUGUGUCUGUGGGGGUUUUUUUUUUUUUAAUAAAUUAAAUUUUCUUGUAUUAUUAAAAUUUUUAUUUUCCAUUGUUGUUAUGGCUGGUUUAGAUUUAGGAACUGCAUCUAGAUACGUUCAUCAUCAGCUCCAAAUACCCGACCUCCGCCUCCAACACCAACCCGAGCCCGAAAACUCCAACAAUGAAUUCUCCACCCAUCGUGAAGGCGGCUUGGACCUCGUUGCAGCCGCCGCUAACUCGAGCGACCACGGAGACAUGGUGGGGCGCCGUCCACGCGGACGCCCGCCUGGCUCCAAGAACAAAGCGAAACCGCCAGUCAUAAUCACACGCGAGAGUGCCAACACGCUCCGCGCUCAUAUUCUUGAGGUGGGAAACGGUUGCGACGUUUUCGAUUGCGUGGCCAGCUACGCGCGGAGAAGGCAGCGUGGGAUUUGCGUGUUGAGUGGGACCGGGACAGUAACCAACGUGAGUAUCCGCCAGCCGGCAGCGGCGGGCGCGGUUGUUACGCUCCAUGGAAGAUUCGAGAUACUUUCGCUUUCUGGGUCAUUCUUGCCUCCACCUGCACCGCCGGGGGCGACGAGUUUGACGAUAUUCUUGGCGGGAGGGCAAGGGCAGGUGGUGGGAGGGAGUGUGGUGGGGGAGUUGACCGCGGCGGGCCCGGUGAUUGUGAUUGCAGGGUCGUUCACGAAUGUGGCUUACGAGAGGUUGCCGUUGGAGGAGGAGGAGCAGCAAUUGGGUGGAGGAAGUGGGGGGAGUGGAGGAGGAGUGGGGAAUAGUGGUGGGUUUGGAGAUGGGAAUGGAGUAGGAGCGCUGCCGUUCUUUAAUUUGCCGUUGAAUCCGGGCGUUCAGUUGCCGGUGGAUGGAUGGGGAGGAGGGAACGCAGGUGGUCGGAGUCCGUUUUGAGUUAUGAAUUUGGAUGCUGUAAAAGGUUAGCCAAAAACAUGAAUGAUGGAUUAAUUAAGGUUUAUGUGUAAUCUUUCUAGUAUUAGCUCCUCUUCUUUGGUUGAUGUUUGAUUUAGUGUCUGUUUUUCUCCCUCUUUUGGGGGUAUUUUUAUUGUGGAACAAUCUUCUUCUUCUUCUUCUUCUUAAUUUUAAGAAACAAUGGUUUGAGAGUAAAUGAAUAUUGAUGAUGAUGGUGAUUA